AUGGGGCCUUCCGACUCUGGAGCCAUCCGUCGAUUGGGUCUCUAUGGACGGCUUUUGACGCAAGCCUUGAAGAGGGAAUGUGCUGAUCUGGACUUCCAAGUGGGGGUGCGAUCUCGCAGGGGGAGCUCGCGCCAGUUAUCUGCACAUCUCCUGAGCUGUGAUUUCGUGGCGCCAGACCCAAUGGACCUGACCCAGCAACACUACCUGGAGUUCACAGGUGGUCCAGACAGCUUCCUACCCCUGGACACUCUUGCCGGCUUUGUUGAGCGUGGUACUGUUCUACCGCAGCCUAAAGCGCAGCAUGAUUUGCGAUGUCAUCGCUGUGGGCAGUUUUUUGGGGACAGCAUGCGCCAGCUGGUCCUUCACUUGCGUCGCCGCCUCCUGAUCAUCGGGCCAGCAUUGCAUGAUAAUAACCAUGUCUGA